GCGCGCCUCCUCCAUCUCGUCUCGUCUCGAAUCGAAUCGAAUCGAAUCGAAGGGUACACGAACGAUGCAGUCUUUGCUGCGGCGUGUCUGUCUCGCCGGAAGCGGUGGAUCUGCGGCGGCGCUCUUGGAUCGUGCAGCUUCUGGAGCUGCGCAGUCCGGUGCUAACCUGCUGCCCAUCAGGCACCUGAGUUCUUGCAGCUGGACUCGUCCGUUUGGGAAUUCAAUCAAUUCCGGUGCUAGUGUUCACAGCAAUGGGUUCUGCAUGAAUACCUUGUCAACGAGGGGUUUCUCGGCGGUUGGAAAUGCUGAGGUUUCUCUCGAGGAGGAAAGUUCUAACUCUCCUGCAGUUGAGCAUCCUCUGCGGAUUAAGUUCAAGAGGCCUGACAAGACCGCUAGACACAUUAUGAACAUCUUAAACAAGGAGGCAGUUGACAAGGUCCGAGGGGAAAGAGAGAUUCCUGAUGUGCAGCCUGGAUGUAUUAUUCAAAUGAGAUUGCAAGUUCCUGAGAACAAGCGGCGUGAGUCUACAUUGAAAGGCAUUGUCAUAGGAAGACGCAAUGCUGGGAUCAAUACAACUUUCAGACUGCGUAGAUUAGUAGCAGGUGUGGGAGUCGAGUCUGUAUUUCCGCUUUACUCUCCAAACAUCAAGGAAAUCAAGAUCUUGGACAGGAAGAAAGUCAGGAGAGCGAAGUUGUAUUACCUGCGUGACAGGAUGAAUGCACUUAAGAAAUGAUACUACUUUAGAUCCCCUUUUGUUUUUUCGGUUGAUCUGCCAGAUUUUUGGCAUAAUGCUUUCGGUGCAAGCGGCACACUUUCCAAUUCCAGCUCCUAAAAGGCCACUGUUUGUAUUUCUGAUAUGAUACUUGGUCCAUUCAAGUAACACUAGCAGUGCUGGCAGCAGUCUGCUCCUGUGGCUCUGAACUAGCAACGUGGAUAUCUCAUCUUUUAUAAUUUGUGACCACUAGCGGACUAUACUGUAACCUCGUGUUAUGAACAUGAUCAUCUAUCAAGCUUUCCGCAA